CUUUUAAUAUUUUAUGUGUUGUAUUAUUAUUAUUUGUUUUUUAAAUAUGAACUAAACGUAUGCCACACAUAAGCAAUGCAAGUAUGCAAAAAAAGGUCCCAGGCAUUGCACAAUAUACGAGUACAUCAUUGUGUUUGAAGAAUAUGAGUUACAUGUUUAACAAAAAGUUCCCACAAAGCAUCCAAAACUCAACUAUUGUUGAGAUAAUUAACAUUUUAUGGAUUUUUUUAAAAUUUUACUUGGCUUCCCUGAAAUGUUUUUGAAUGGUUCUGGCAAUAAAAUAUUCCAGAACAAAUGAAAACAUGAUGUUUUCAUAAAGUUGUUGACACUAUGAUAAAUAUUUUUAAAAUAUUCAAUGAUCAGACCAUGGUUUAUAUGAAAUUUUGCUUGAUUUGUACUGCACUGAAACGUCCAUGUAUGGCUGGUAAAUUCUAACAUAACCUAGAUCCCAUUGGUCAAAUUGACAGAAACUAACGGUAGAACUAACUAAAUCUAGGAUGUAUUAGGACUAGAAUAACAGUCUGUUAACUGGACACUGCAGACUCCGCAUAAACAAGCCAGUGCAGAUAUUCUCAGGAAGAAGAAAAUACAGCAUAUUAUAUCCUCUGUUGGUAUGAAGGCUUAUGCAGGCUGAGAUUCCUACUCAUGGGAGAUGAAAAGCUAAGGCCUGAAGAAUACAUAAGAGAACCCUUUCCAACAGGUUUCUUAUAGCAGAGGGGCAAUGGGAAAGCCGGUAAACUGUCCAAGGAAAGUUAGAUGAAGACACCUACACGCUCUGAACACUUUUGCAGCUACUGAAUUGCCAAAAAUGUAAAUCUCUCAGACAGUGGUUAAAAUUAAGAUGUUCAAUGAGAUUAUAUUUUUGGACAAAAGCGAAAAAGUUCACCAAAAGACCAUCGCAGAGACUAAUGGCAGAACUAUUAACCUAGGGUAUAUAAAGGCUUGAAUAAUUGGAGGACUGCUGAUUGGACACAGCAGACUCCAGAGGCAUAUAAACUCGGAUCAACAGAAUCAGGCAUGUGCAGAUGUGGCCGGGAAGAAGGUGGAACAUGUCCUCUGCUGGUGCAACGUGUGCAGACUGAGAUUCCUACUCCUGGAGCAGAAAAGCCCAGACCAGAAGAAUACACAUGUUUUUGACAAGGAUUGGGAUCUGAUAAAAAGCUGUAGAUAAUGAUGAAGAUUAGAAUAGACCAAUAUUGGUCAUGGUCUGCAAGUGGGAUCCAAAAAUAACAACUCUACCAGGAUUGUAUAUUUUGUCUAUGGCAUUGCAUACGGUUUUUGGUAUUCCUUGUACCGUCUUCUUUCUACGACUGACAAAUAUAAUGAUCUCUUACUUAAACUUUUGCCUAAUCCACAAUAUCUUUUCUUGUCUCUGCACUUCCAGGAAGGUACCAAAGAAAAAUAGUUUUGUUACUUGGAAUACAAUAAAUACAGCCUUUUUUCCAGUGAUGUACUUUUUCAAUUUCCUUUACUACACUGAAAGCGUAUCAACAUUGUUCGUUUUGGCAGCAUACUCAUGCAGCCUAAACAAAAAGUACUGGCUAUCUGCCAUGUUCGGGUUUUUAAGCAUCACUGUAAGACAAACGAAUGUAGCAUGGGUUGGAUUUCUUAUGGUGGCACAUGUUAUAGACUACAUGGCUAUUGAUAUUCCAUUUGUCCGUCGCUAUUUAAAUAUAAUAUUAAAUCAGGGAUUGCUAAAAGCAGUUGAUUAUUUAGUGAAGAAAGAAAAAAUAUACGAUAGAUUGGAAAUUCUAUUUUCAAAUAUAAUUGGCUAUUUUUUUGUAUGCUUGCUAUUUCUAGUUUUUCUCGCUUGGAAUCGAGGAAUCGUCGUGGGUGACAGGACUGCUCACGAACCUGUAAUUCAUUUAUGCCAGAUUUUUUAUUUUGCAGUGUUUGUCUUAGUUUUCAAACCGAGUCUGUUCUUCAGUAAAAUUAAAUGUUUUAUCGCUGCUUUAAAAAGGAAUGUUUUCCUCUCUGUUCUUUGUUUAGGUGUAAUUUCUUUAAUUGUCCAUGUAAACACUAUGGCGCAUUUGUACUUACUGUCAGAUAACAGGCAUUACAGUUUUUACCUAUGGAGGUUCUAUUGUGCAGUGAGCAGUAAAGCGCCUUUCGUCUUUGUCCCCUUGUUUAUGUUUGGACUGUAUUCCAUUGAAUCGAUUAUAAAUUUUUAUCCAUGGAAAUACGCCUACUAUUUUUCUAUGGGAUUGUUAAUAAUCCCACAAAAACUGCUGGACUUUCGAUACUAUAUAUUGCCAUUUGUAUUUUUAAGAUUGCAAAUCUUAAAAGACGAAUGGUGGCAACUGGCUAUUGAAAGUCUGGCCAUAAUUGUGAUUAAUACAGUCUUUUUAUAUAUAUUCGUUACAAAAGAAAUUUACUGGGUCGAUUUUAAAGAACCACAACGGUUAAUUUGGUAACUUAUUUGACAAUGAAAUUCAAUUUUUGUUGUCAUAUGAUAUUCUUUUUUCUUCUUUCUAAUAAACGAGGCUUUAUUUUAUAAUAAUGAUUCCUCUACUAUAUUGAUGAGACUUUUAAUGUAAUUCCAAAUAAUUGGGACUACUUUUGUGAUGAAGUUAAAAAAUGUGAUAUUAGUUAAUGUUAAAAAUAUUUAAAUAUAU